AUGGCUCCCAAAACUGGCCGGACGAGUGGGGCCAAGAAGGCGGCCAAGGCAACUGCCAAAGCUAAGGCUGAGGCCACGGCGGCUGAGGCUGCCGAGGUGGAGUCUGGGGACUUUGCCAUGGAGACCGGGCGUGAAGCCGUGAAAGAGGCCCUGGACUUUUUGAAGAAGAAGAAGCUCUUUCCGGCUAAGGCGGAGAAGGUCGGCACUCACUCCAUUCUUCCAGAUGCCUGGCAGGGCUCGAGCCUGAAAGAGGCCUCCACAUUCUCAGCGAGCCUGAAGGACGUUUCUGUGGAGACCCUGGAGGUGCCACCGCCUGAGGUGCUGUCUGAAGCGGCCGAGUAUUGGUUCGAAGGGAGGUCUGAUCAGACCUCCCUUUUCGUGUCGGCGACGGUGACGUCUGAUGAGACCAAGUCAGGCGAGAUUGUGCUGUCGCCUGAGGACCAUACGAAGGUCGCGGCUCUGGUAUGGGCCUUCGGCAAGGCGGCGGCUUCGUCUGACAGCGACCUCUGUGAGAAGUACCGCCGCCUGAGCAGCCGCAUCGUGAUCUCCAUGGUGCGUGGCAAGGCGUCUGACCAGGCAGGGACCGUGGUCAGUCUGAUCCAGGCAUCUGAGGACAUCGGCAAGAAGGCUAUGGAGUGUUCCAAUGCGAUGCCGUUCAACCUCGCCUCGC